AUGACUUCCACUGUACUUCUUACCCUCGCCGCCUUGCAAGGCGUGAGGGCAUGGGGCUCUCUCGGGCACGCAACGAUCGCCUACAUCGCCCAGAACUACGUUACUGAUGAAGUAGCGUCCUGGGCUCAAGGUGUUCUCGCUGAUACCUCAGACUCAUAUCUGGCCAACAUCGCCUCGUGGGCCGACAGCUACCGCUCCACGACCGCCGGCGCAUGGUCAGCCCCUCUGCACUUCAUUGACGCAGAGGACAACCCGCCCAGCAGCUGCAACGUGGACUACGACCGAGACUGUGGCUCGUCAGGCUGCUCUGUCUCUGCCAUCGCCAACUACACCCAGCGUGUCGGUGAUGGCCGUCUCACCAACGCAAACGUCGCCGAGGCCCUCAAAUUCCUGGUCCACUUCACCGGAGACAUCACGCAGCCCCUGCACGACGAGGCUUACGAGAAGGGUGGCAACGGUGUGUCGGUCAAGUACCAGGGUUACACGGACAACCUGCACUCCGACUGGGACACCUACCUUCCGCAGACGCUCGUCGGCGGAAGCAGCCUGUCGUAUGCUAAGACUUGGGCUACCAACCUCACCGCCGAGAUCAACUCGGGCGAGUACAAGUCCCAGGCGGCAAGCUGGAUUGCUGGAGACAGCGUCAGCUCGGCGCUCGACACUGCAGUGGCCUGGGCCACCGAUGCCAACGCCUACGUCUGCAGCGUUGUCAUGCCCGAUGGCCCUGAUGCGCUGACGGCGAUGAGCGACCUGUACCCCACGUACUAUGAGUCGGUCAUCCCUACUAUCGAGCUGCAGAUCGCCAAGGGUGGCUAUCGCCUGGGGAACUGGUUGAACUUGAUCUAUGAUGCGAAUAUCAAGAAGAGGGACAUCGAGGCCAGGGGCGGAGUUAAUAAGAGGGCUGAGAGCAAGCCCCUGCCGGACCUCAUGGGUCGCGAUCUUCUCCCGGCGCCAAGGCCUCUGAGCAAGGCGAAGCUUGCGCGCGCAGCUUUUGGUUAUGGGUGUAAUCAUGACCACCAUUAG